CGUGGCGCUGCGCUCUGGCCGAGCCAGGUCAGUCGGGGAGUGCGGGCUGACCCACCCCGGGCUCUGGGCUCCGAAGCCAGGGGUGGGCCCUGCCAGGAAUGGGCUUGAGCCUCGCACGUCUUUUGAACUACCCUGUGCUCUGCCUUUGCGGCGCGACGGGCAUGGGAGUGGGGCUGCCCAAAGGUGGGCUGGGGUUGGAGGAAGUGGCUGGGUAGCCGCUGUGUGUCUGUCCUGAGGCCGUAAGGCCCCUGACCCCACCCUUGGAGCUGGCGACGGAGCAGGGCCUGUUUUCCCUAGACAGUAGAGUAGUGUAGGUCCCAGAGACCUGGGCCUGAGCUCUCCGCAUUGGGACUUCAGGAAUCUUCUGGAUUGUGCCGGACCUGCGACCCUGCCGUUGUUUUCUUUCCAGCAUGAUCCGCUGGGCUCCCAGCGCAUCUCCUGGAAGAGCCCACUCAUCUUGGACGAGCUCUUCGGUAGCCUCAGAUCGUCCUUGAAGAGGAUGACUGAGACAUUAUGGGCCACGCACUGUGUGUCUGCUCUCGGGGAACUGUCAUCAUUGACAAUAAGCGCUACCUCUUCAUCCAGAAACUGGGGGAGGGUGGGUUCAGCUAUGUGGACCUAGUGGAAGGGUUACAUGAUGGACACUUCUACGCCCUGAAGCGAAUCCUGUGUCAUGAGCAGCAGGACCGGGAGGAGGCCCAGCGAGAGGCCGACAUGCAUCACCUCUUCAAUCACCCCAACAUCCUUCACCUCGUGGCUUACUGUCUGAGGGAGCGGGGUGCUAAGCAUGAGGCUUGGCUGCUGCUACCAUUCUUCAAGAGAGGUACGCUGUGGAAUGAGAUAGAAAGGCUGAAGGACAAAGGCAAUUUCCUGACCGAGGAUCAAAUCCUUCGGCUGCUGCUGGGGAUCUGCAGAGGGCUUGAGGCCAUUCAUGCCAAGGGUUAUGCCCACAGAGACCUGAAGCCCACCAAUAUAUUGCUUGGAGACGAAGGGCAGCCAGUUUUAAUGGACUUGGGUUCCAUGAAUCAAGCAUGCAUCCACGUGGAGGGCUCCCGCCAGGCCCUGACCCUGCAGGACUGGGCAGCCCAGCGGUGCACCAUCUCCUACCGAGCCCCAGAACUCUUCUCUGUGCAGAGUCACUGUGUCAUCGAUGAGCGGACUGAUGUCUGGUCCCUAGGCUGCGUGCUAUAUGCCAUGAUGUUUGGGGAAGGCCCUUAUGACAUGGUGUUCCAGAAGGGUGACAGUGUGGCCCUUGCUGUGCAGAACCAACUCAGCAUCCCACAAAGCCCCAGGCAUUCUUCAGCAUUGCGGCAGCUCCUGGCCUCGAUGAUGACCGUGGACCCACAGCAGCGUCCUCACAUUCCUCAACUCCUCAGUCAGCUGGAGGUGCUACAGCCCCCAGCUCCUGGCCAGCACACUACCCAAAUCUGAAAAAGCAGCGGCAUGUUGAGAAGGUGGUCCCUCAGGCCUUAGAAAGAGGUUCCUAUCCCUCAUUGGAAUCUCCCCUAAUUCCAUCCAGGAUACUGUUCUCUUACACUUGGGGGUCACGGGGUCAGGACAGUCAUCUCAGUCCUGCAUCCGCUCUUCUGCUUUCUUACCUCCAAGAGCAAAACCUGGGCAAGGAGACUUACUGAGUGAGGGUGGGUGGGGGUUGGGAAAAGGGAAACUGCUGGGAUAUGGAACAUGGCUCUGAGUGGGACUGCUGAGCUCAUAUCAUGUUCUGCCUCCAAAUCUGGGAGCAGGAGAAUGUAUAAAGAAUAAAGAGGAAACAGGUUGGAGU